AUGAAGACUGCACUCAAGCUGCUGCUGUCCCUGGCCUUAGCUGUGGCUCUGUCCAUCAACACAGAACUCAUUGACCAUUAUAAUCAGACCCUCUCCUCCUGCCUGAAGCAAUUUGCUCCCCUCAAAAUGGCCAGUCUCCUUUUCCUCCUUUUCUUCUGCCCCUUGGUUCACCCCAGACCUCUACAACCUCAAGAAGAAACGGCGACAGCUUGA